CUGCAAUGACCAGCUACGAAAUUAAAGUGAAGACAGGGGAUAGACUGGGAGCGGGUACAGAUGCCAACGUAGAGAUUGUUCUACUGGGGAGCUGUGGGAAGAAAACAAAGUCGGCCAAUCUUGAUUGUUGGUAUAGAAAUGACUUUGAGCGAGGCAAGACCGAUGUCUUUACCAUAAAAGAUAAGACAGAUAUUCCUGAAAUAAAUGAAAUCAAGUUGCGAAGGGACAAAGCGGGCAUGUUCAGCGAUUGGUUUGUUGAAAAAAUUGAAGUAACCAAUCAGAGGAGCGGAAAGACUAGUGUUUUCCCAAUACUUCGGUGGAUUCGCCCUGACGUUGAUUUCUAUGUUGGACGAUAUGAUGUCUCUUUGCCACAGUUUGAUCCUCGGCCGCAACAGCGCAGUGCUGAGUUGGAUGAGAAAAGGAAGCUCUACGAGUAUGAGGAGAAAGCACCAGGAUUACCCAUGCAGGUUAAAAAUGUUCCUGAGGAUGAAAACUUCUCUUUUUCUCAUAAGUUUGAUCUGCAUCGAAGAAUAUCCAGUGUGGUGGUUAGUAGAAGAUUGGAUAUUAUUUUUGGCGAUGGAUCAUGGGAAACUUUAGACGACUUGACAGGUGUCUACUCAAAAACAUUUGGAGAGCCAAAGGACUUGAAGGAUUGGGAGUGUGAUGUAAAUUUUGGAUGGCAACGAUUGAACAGUGUCAACCCCAAUCUGAUUCGGCUCUGUACACAUAUACCAGACAAAUUUGGGGUGACCGAGGAAAUGAUCAAACCUUUUCUAGAUGGAUUGACUUUGUCCCAAGCCAUCAGUGACAAACGUCUAUUCAUCAUUGAUCUAGAAAUACUGGAUGGGAUUUCUCUAGUCGAUGGUUAUGUUUGUCCGACUCCCAUCGCUCUCUUCUUCGUCAACUGCAAAAAUCAACUAUUGCCAGUUGCGAUACAACUUUUUCAACAGAAGGGAUGUGACAACCCAGUGUUUCUGCCCAGUGAUCCACCAUAUACAUGGUUGAUGGCCAAAAUGUGGUACAAUGUAGGGGACUCAAAUUAUCACCAAGCGGUAACUCAUCUAGGUUUCACACAUCUACUAAUGGAAGGUGUGUGUGUAGCAGCGAAUAGAUGUCUAUCUCCUUCCCAUCCCAUGUUUAAGCUGUUAGCUCCACAUUUUCUGUACAUUAUUCCAAUCAAUGCUUUCGCUCGUACCAUCCUUCUGGCUGAGGGAAGGUGGAUUGAAACAGCAAUGGUGCUUGGAAUCAAGGGAACAGUGGAGCUUGGCGCAAAAGGGAUAAGUUCUUGGAGAAUGGAUGUAGAAGGAACCUAUCCAGAAUUUUUGAAAGAAAGAGGGAUAUAUUGCAAGGAUGGAAAAAUUCUACCACAAUUCUACCAGCGUGACGAUAGUCUUGACCUGUAUGAUGCCAUCCGAAAUUACGUCACCAAAUAUGUCCAUCUCUACUAUGACACACUUGAUAAAAUCAACAAUGAUCCUGAAAUUCAAAACUUUGGACGUGAAUUAUCAAUGCCUAAGUCCGAAGGAGGUUGCGGAAUUUUGGGCGUUCCAUUCAAAGACGGGAAGUUCAAUUCAUCAGAGGACUUGAUACUUGUGUUCACUUUCGUUAUUUACACCUGUAGUGUAGUACAUGCUGCUAUCAACUUUCCUCAGUACGAUUCAUACGGAUUUCCCCCGAACUAUCCAACCAAAAUCAAAGGAUCACCCCCUAAGGAUAAGAAGCCAUUGCAGGAAAAGGAAGUUGUGAGGGCUCUACUAGAUAGGGCCUCCUCUCUGCAUACUAUGGUUGUCAUGACAGUUCUGAGUGAACGAAGUACUAACGCUCUCGGUGACUUUGAAGUGAACUAUAUUUAUGACCCACCUGCAGUAGCGAUUGUGGAAGAAUUCAAAAAAGAUUUGAAAAACAUUAGUGUAAAGAUUCAUAAAAGAAACGAGAAGUUGGAGAGAGGGUAUGAAUAUCUUCUGCCAGAGGAAGUCCCGAAUUCCAUCAGCAUUUGAUUUUAUUCUACGAGAAAUUUCAAAGUGUCAUAUAUGAACUCUUAUCUGUAUUUUUGUACAUUCAUUUUGCAAACAAAUUGCUUAGUCAUAUUUUCGAAAUUUAAAUAGUAUCUCUUUACAUAUCUUUAAGAGACAUCUUACU